AUGCCGCAUGGACACGAAGUUGUCACCCAAGAGGCUGAGAGCUCUCGAGCGUUUCCCAGGGAAGCCGUGCCGCUCGUCAAGUCAGAGGUCAGUUCUCCAGGUGGUGCCGUGCACUGCAAGAAACGACCACCCAUCACUCCUUUCUUCCCUGACCAAGGCUCACAAGCAGCACCCUCUCUCCGAAAACGCUUCCGUCUCUCAUUCACCACCUUACCGACCUCUUCCACCGGAAACAUCGACGCGAUGAAGACCCCUCUUAUGAUCCUUGUCGCACUCCACUGCUCCCUUCUGUGCCUCGGCGGGAAAAGCAGCAGCAAAGCUAGCGGGAAAUACGUCACCUGCGCGUCUUACGAUUUCUCCCAGAGCCCUAAUGUGUGCACAGAUCAGACCAGCACCGCGUGGAGAUGCGAGACCUGCACCGGCUCCAUCACUGCCCAUGGCUGCCGCUUGAACGACAGCAAACAGGAGGACCCGGAUACGGUCGACUGUGCAUUUUCCUUCGGCCCUGAUCCUCAAAGCAACGACAGGAAACAAUCCAGCUGUCUUGACGAAUUCAGACACUCGCACACGUGCGCUGAGGCCGAGGGCCAAUCACCCUUGGGAUCCGCCUCGGGUGUCAGCGUGCGGCAUCGUCUUGAGAGUCGUGUGCCACCAUCCCCUCAGAGGCUCACACAAUCUCGUCUCGCCCAAAUAUCAACCACCUCGUGUCUGAUCGUCUCGGCUGCUGUGUUCGACGUCUUCAAACCUGAUCUUUUUAAAUUCAAGAACAACCAACCCACGAAGGCACCAGCGGUCCAAGCCCAGCCGUCAACAUCUGCAGCGUCCACCUCAAUCGGCCCCUCCAAGACAUCCAAUCACGCUGCUCCUGCCAAUGACAGUCACAAUCGCCCCGCAGCCCUCAACCGGACUGCAAACUUGAACAACAUCAUCGUCAACAAAUGUCAACAAGGAAACCCAGUGUUGACGUUGAUCAAAUCGGUCCCAUGGGAGUUCGGAGAUACCAUCUCAGACUAUCAGCUCAAUCAGACCACCGGCUCGCUGUUCUUAUCUCUGAAAUAUCACAGGCUACAUCCGGAUUACUUGGAUACGAGGCUCAAAAAAUUGAACAAAGCGUACGAUCUUAAGAUCUUAUUGUGCCUGUGUGAUUCUAAUGAUCAUGAAGCGGUUUUGAAAGAUAUAACCAAAACUUGUAUGAUUAAUGAGUUCACGUUGAUAGUUGGAUGGUCCAAUUCAGAAAUUGCCAGAUACAUCCAGCUGUUCAAAUCCUUUGAAAAGAGACCGCCGGAUCUAAUCAAAGAGAAGAUAGAUGACGAUUAUAUGUCGAGAUUGACGAACGUACUGACGACUGUCAGAGGGUUAAAUAAAACUGAUGUUUUAACACUGGCCACAAAUUUUCGGUCGUUUCGCCAAAUCGUUGAGGCGUCACCAAGUGAACUUUCGCUAUGCCCUGGCUUGGGCGAGAAGAAAGUGAAAAGGUUGUUGGAGGCAUUCAACUCGGAUUUUAGGACUUUCCCCAAACACAAUGACACCGUCGAAAACUAA